CCCCGACUGAGCCCGCCAUCUUGCGCCGUGUCCCCCGCUCUGUGGGUCCCGGGUCCCGGGGGCGGAGCGACAGUGUCCUGGCGUCUGUGCCCGGUGGUGCGGGAGACGCGGCCGGCCCGGGGCCUGAGCUGGAGGCCCAGGAGAUCACCCAGUGACACCUUGCUGCUGAGAGAACCACAGGGAGGACAGUGGAUGUCCCGGAAGCUUUGAAAUGGAGUUGAUAUCCUUUGAGGACAUAGCUGUGGACUUCACGUGGCAGGAGUGGCAGGAGCUGGAUGCUGCUCAGAGGGCUCUCUACAGGGACGUGAUGCUGGAGAACUACAGCAACCUGGCAUUCGUGGGGCUCUUCAUGACUAAAGCAGAGUUGAACUUUAAGUCGAGGCAUGGAUUUGGACCACGGAGUAUAGAAGAAGCCUCAGAUCAGAGUCUUUCAGUCAGUACCGCAAUUGAGCCCAGCGAGGAAAAUCGAGAGAAAGAUUUGCAGCAAAUGGGAAUCAUCAUCAGGACUAUAUCAAAUGAAGAUAUGAUUAAAGCAGAAGUAAAGUCUCAACAGAAAUUCCACCAAUGGACAAAUGCCUUUGAAUGUCAAGCAUGUUUAAAAACAUACUACAAUACAUCAUAUGCCAGCAUGAGUCAUAGACUUGACUCCUGUGUGAAGGCCUAUGGAUGUGAGGAGUGUAGGAUAUAUUAUGAGUCAACCCUUACUCAAAAUCAGAGAACUCUUAUAAGAGAGAAGACAUUUGAAUGUGAAGAAUGCAGGAAAUCUUUCUAUCGAAAGUCGGACCUCACUAACCAUCAGAAAACUCAUGCAGGCGAGAAGGUGCAUGAGUGUAAAGAGUGCACAAAAGCUUUCUACAGCAAGUCAAAUCUCAUGAAACAUCUGAAGACUCAUGCUGUUGAAAAAUAUCAUGUAUGUAAUGAGUGCAGCAAAGGUUUCCCUAGAAAGUCACAACUCAUUCUACACCAGAGAAUUCAUACAGGUGAUAAGCCUUAUGAAUGUGAAGAGUGCACAAAAGCCUUUUACUGUAAGUCAAAACUCACUCUACAUAAGCGAACUCAUACAGGUGAAAAGCCCUUUGAAUGUAAUGAAUGUAUGAAAGCCUUUAUCUGCAAGUCAUAUCUCACUAAACAUCUGAAAAUUCAUAAAGGUGAGAAGCCUUAUGAAUGUAAUGAAUGCCAGAAAGCUUUCUAUGACAAGUCAUACUUAACUGUACAUCAGAAAACUCACAAAGGUGAAAAACCCUUUGAAUGUAAUGACUGCAUGAAAACAUUCUACUUUAAGUCAAAUCUCACUAAACAUCUGAAAACUCAUACAGGUGAAAAACCUUACGAAUGUAAAGAAUGUGGGAAAGCUUUCUACUGCAAAUCAAACCUCACUGUACAUCAGAGAAGCCAUACAGGUGAGAAACCUUAUGAAUGUAAUGAAUGCAAGAAAGCUUUUCCAACCAAGUCUCAACUCACACAGCAUCAGAGAACUCACACAGGCGAGAAACCUUUUGAAUGUAGUGAAUGCAGGAAAAAUUUUCCCAGCAGGUCACAUCUCAUUGUGCAUCAGAGAACUCAUACAGGUGAGAAGCCUUAUGAAUGCAGUGAAUGCAGGAAGACUUUCUGCCACAAGUCAGACCUCACUAAGCAUCGGAGAACUCAUACACGUGAGAAGCCUUAUGAAUGUAAAGAAUGCAUGAAAGCCUUCCAUUGCAACUCAAAUCUCACUAAACACCUGAGAACUCAUACAGGUGAGAAGCCUUAUGAAUGUAAAGAAUGUAGCAAAGCUUUCUACUACAAGUCAGACCUCACUGUGCAUCACAGAACUCAUACAGGCGAGAAGCCGUAUGAAUGUAAAGAAUGCAAGAAAGCAUUCUAUUGCAAGUCAAAACUCAGUCUACACCUGAAAACUCAUACAGGUGAGAAACCCUAUGAAUGUAAAGAAUGUAGGAAAGCAUUCUAUUGGAAGUCCCAACUAACUCUGCACCAGAGAAAUCACACAGCUUCAUGUUGUUGGCAGAAAGCACCUGACCAAAAGCAGCUGUGGAAGGAAAGUGUUUAUCUUGGGCUUACAGACUUAAGGAGCAGCUCCAUUGUGGCAGGGGAAACUGACAUGGGUAGAGUCUGGACAUCACCACCUGUCAGACAUCAGAUGGACAAUAGCAGUAGAAGAGUGUGCCCAGAAAAUAUCUUUCCUACAACUCACAAAUCAUUUGACACCCUAGGCAAUGGAAGUGUAAAAUACUGUGACUAGAAAAUAGUAACACAAUCUCCAUAUGAUUUUUAAGGACCAUGUGCCUCUGGGAGACUUAUGAAACCCAUGAUGGAAUGAACCUGGAACUUUAUUACCAAUAGAGCAGUGUUCUUUCCCUGCCCUGCUUUCUCUUCUCCCCUGUCACACUAGUAUGGAUGCUUGUUUUUAACACUUCAUAUGAAUAAAAACUUAGAUGUGAAAAAAAUUGUAAAAUUUUGAAAAGAGUUUUCUACUCUUAUCAGAAAAUUCAUGUAGGAGAGACUGGAUACAGUAUGUAAUCUAGCUAGGUACAGUGGUACAUGCUUUUCAUCACAGUCCAUUUUGGUGUUGCUGCUAGAGAUUUCCUAGGAGCUCAUGUUUGAAGCCUAGCUUGACCAAAAUAGUUAAACACCAUAUCAAAAAUACAGGAAGCCUGGUCACUGAGCCUUCAUGUCCAGAGGUUAGUCCUGUCUGGGCUUCUGACUUCUGCGCAAGUGGGUUUUGACUCUUCAACCACAAAGAUUACGACUUUCAACAUUGAAACCAGAAUAGAGGCAAAAUUCUUUGUAAUAUGCUUUGCUUCUUCAAGAGGCAAAAUCUUUAGCCAAACAUUUUUACAUGUAAUAUCUCUUAGGACUAGGAGAGAACUGCUAAUCCUUGUCAGAUUAGUUAGCCCACAACACCAGGAUGCAUUUCUCCUUGUACACAGCCAUGCUGUUAAGAGCAGUAGAAAUUAUCAGAAAGUGACUCUACCCAUACACACCAGCAUCACACAACAGGAAGUCCAGCCCAACAAAGCUAAGCUGAGAAGUGUUCUUACAAUUCAAUUCAGAAUAGGUGAAGUAGAAACCAACUCACAAAAGGUAAAUGGUCUGAUGUCCACUGGGGCAUAUAAAUGCUAAAAUAUGUUUCAUAGGAUUGAACUGGAAGUGCAGAUCACAACUCCCACACGGGGUGGGCUUCUAAAGCAAAAUUCCACAGGGAGAGAAAUAAUUCAAAAUCCAUAUUACCUUGGCCGAAGUGC